AUGACAACAACUCAUGUAGAAGGUGUUUACUGUAAGAUUUUAAGGAUUUGGUCAGACGAAAAUGUGACAACAGAGAAUCCUGACAAAGGAGAGGUUAGGUUUCGGUUCCAAGCAUUGGGGAGUUAUGUCUGGAACUGCUUUCCUGUUCCCAUUGGGAGGGAGCGAAAAGCUAAUUUCUUUUUCAAUGUUUUUCAAAGAAGGAACCGUUCUUGGAAAGACUUAGACUUUGGUGUAGAUCCGACAGCGCUUCUGUUUUCUCCAUUAAUACCAAGCAGGAAGAAGCUCAUCUCCUUUGCAUCUCCUCGAGUAAUUUUCAGAUGGAUUGGUGGAAAAGGGCAGUUUCAGGAGCCAGAAGACGAUCGGAAAUUCGUCCGAGAACACGGGAACCUCCUGCAAGAACUCGUCGGAUCUUGCGACGGCAAAUCCAGUCCGAUAAGAAACUUCUCGGCCAAGCAGAUCAUCCAAGCCACCGACAGAUUCAGCCGCAGCAACUACGUCUGUGGAGAUUAUCACUACGAUUGCUACCGAGGCAUGCUCGAUGGCCGCAUCGUGCUUAUCAAGAAAUGGUCCUAUGGAGUUUUCUCCGAGAAGGUUUACCGAGACAUAGCCGUUUCGUCGAUGGUGAGCGGCCACAAGAACUUCCUCAAACUGUUGGGAUGCUGUCUUGAUUUCGCUUACCCGGUUCUCGUCUGCGAAUACUCAGAUCGUAUAACCCAUAUAACACGUAGCUUCCUCAAUGCACAUUAUACCGUAGAUCCGAUCUUGACAUGGGAUAAGAGGAUAGAUAUACCAAAGGGGAUUGCAAAUGCUGUCACUUAUCUUCAUACUGCAUUUCCGAGGAUCAUCAUCCACAAGGAUAUUCAUCCUUGUAACGUGUUCUUGGACGGGAAUGGAACCGCAAAGCUGAGUAAUCUCUGUUAUUCUGUUUACAUUCCGCAAGGCGAAACCUUUGUUCAAGAUACAGUAGAGGGGGUGUACGGUUAUCUUGAUCCCGGCUACUUUUCCUCGUCGAGGGUCACCGAGAAAACAGAUGUAUACAGCUUUGGAGUAUUCAUGCAAGUUCUCUUUACCGGGAAAAAGGCGUAUCUGUACUCUGAAUCACAUCCAGAUACCGUGGAGUGUGGCAAAUCUGCAGAAGAUGGAAGAAUACCGGGUUUUUAUCGGCAGUCCCUUCCUUAUUAUCUGGUCAAGCUGUCUGAAAAUGGAAAAUCAGGUAUAGAGGCGGCGGAUCCAAAGAUGCUGGAAAAGAUGGGAGAAGCUGCAGAGAAAGAACGGUGGCGAAUGGAAGCUUUCCAUAGACUGUCACUGAGAUGCACCGGUCAUAUCGGGGAAGUUCCAAAGAUGAUGGAAGUGGCCAAGGAACUCGGAAUGAUCCAGAGAUGGAAGGAUCCAUCCCUAUCCGAAACCCAUGUCAUGGUUUCGCCCAAAGAUGAUCAUCUUCCAUCAAAUCCGUAAAUCGGUUUUGAACUUUUUU